UGCAGGGGGAGAACUGGGUCACGUGCCGGGCCCCGCCCAGCAGCUGGGCGGACGUGUCGUCGGCGCAGGCGCAGUCGGUCGGGCACCAUGAGGUUCCGGUUCUGCGGCGACUUGGACUGUCCCGACUGGGUCCUGGCAGAGAUCAGCACUUUGGCGAAGAUCUCUUCUGUGAAACUGAAGCUGAUCUGCACGCAGGUGCUGAAGGAUUUGCUGGGGCAGGGGAUUGACUAUGAGAAAGUCCUGAAGCUGACAGCGGAUGCCAAGUUUGAGUCCGGGGAUGUGAAGGCCACCGUGGCCGUCCUGAGCUUCAUCCUGUCCAGCGCCGCCAAGCACAACGUGGACGGCGAGUCUCUGUCCAGCGAGCUCCAGCAGCUGGGGCUGCCCAAAGAGCACGCCACGGCUUUAUGUCGGAGUUAUGAAGAGAAGCAAAGCCCCUUACAGGACAGCCUGAGGGCCUGCAGCCUGAGACGUAAGUCCACCCCCGAGGGGCGGGAGGCGCCGGGUCCCUUUCUCUGGGCUGGAGUGAACCGCCUGGAGGGCGUGGGCUGGCGGGUGGACUACACACUCAGUUCCAGUGAGCUCCGCCACGUCAACGAGCCCCUGGUUCACCUGCGGCUGGAUGUGCGGGGCGGAGGGCGAGGCGGGCCAGAGCCCAUCGCCGUAACCAUGUCAGCGGACAAAUUCCGAGUGCUCUUAACAGAACUGAAGCAGGCCCAGGCCCUGAUGGACUCUCUCAGCUGAGGGACCUGGAAGCUGCGGGCUGUGGUGGUACAAGGAACACGUCUGUGAUCUGAGUCCUCGCUACGAGGCUGGUGCCUGUCGGCUUGGAGCUCCUCCCCUUCCCAGGCUCCCGAUCCCUGGGCCGGCCCCUGCUCUGGGGACGCUUCCGCCCCGGUUCCCCUCUUCUCACCCUGGGGGAUGGAGGAAAGAAGACCCCCUCAAGACCUGUGCACCCUCCUUGUCUAGAAUUCCUCAUCUCUGCCUCCCUUGUCCCCUGCCAGGAUUCCAGUUACCUCUCCCCCUUCCCUGAGCCAAAUUCUGUUUUGCCGCUUCCUCCCUUCGGGUCCCGCUCAAUGAAUGGCAGUUCUGGCCUCUGAGUGCCUUUCCCGUUGGCACUGGUUGCUAUCAACAGUAUUUUGUGUAUUUUCUCAGAAACCAAACAAAUAAAGUGGGUCCAAGGGAGA